AUGCAUAAAGAUGGAGCGUCCAAAAAGAGGUCCCACUCUGUAAUGAUAUCAGAGCCACAGAUGGUUCCACAGUUUCCUCCACUGAGCGUGGGUCCUCUGGGUGCUGACACCAUGCCCCUAAAUACAGCUGCCAAAAAUGGAAACACUCAUAUGGAUAAGGCCGGGAAUGGAAGGAAAAAACCCAAAGCCAAAGUCGGCGAUCCAUCAAAGUGGAAGCAAAACAAGCAGAAACAGCUGAGGAUGGAGGGUAAAGCGUACGUGAGCAAACGCAAGAAAGACGGCAAGGUUGUGACAAAACAUCCAAGAGCAAUCGGACCUAGGUGCACCUCGAACGCAUGCAAAAAGGCAUCGAACCGCCUCUGUAACGAGAUCGACGAGGAGGCCCGGAAGACAGUGUUUGAUGAAUUCUGGCAGGGCAUGAACUGGGCUCAGAGAAAACUGUAUGUAGCAGAACAAGUGGACCGAGACCCUGUGGAAAGAUCUCGGGCGGUGGGAUCCCAGUCGAGGAGGUCGGUUUCCCUCCGUUAUCACUUGAUGGUGGACGGCAAAAGAUCACAAGUGUGUAAAAACAUGUUCCUGUCCACUCUGGGGAUCGGAGAGUGGUCUGUGCUCAACUGGACGCAGAAAGGAGCGACAACAAAGAACAAAUCAAAGGGAAACAAGUUAGAGAAGAGGAAGGCGGUCCCUCAGUGUGCACAACAAAACCCUGCUUCUUCUGCAGUCAGUAAAACUGCAGACGGUAACCUCGAGCAAGUAAAUGCCACUGACAAAGACAAAGACAGGCCACCAGAACCAGAGGGGUCAGCCAGGAAGAAAUCCAGAGUAGCCAAGCCGCUGACGUGGAAGCAAAAUCGACAGAAGCAACUUAGGAUGGAGGGAAAACCGUACACCAGCAAACGGAAGAAGGACGGCACGAGCAUCACUAAAGGUCAGAGGACAAUGGGGUCGAGGUGCACCUCCAGCGCUUGCAAAAGGGCAUCCAACCGCUUCUGCGCCGACUUCAGUGAAGAAACGAGGAACGAGCUGUUCACUGGUUUCUGGCAGCGCAUGAACUGGACUCAGAGAAAGACCUACGUGUCCGGAUUAGUCGACUGCGACCCCGUGGAGAGAACCCGAGCACCGUGGACUCAUUCGAGGAGGUCGGUCUCCAUGCGGUAUCAUUUGAUAGUCGACGGUGACAGAAAACAGGUUUGCAAAAAGAUGUUCCUCUCCACUUUGGGGGUUGGCGAGUGGUCAGUGCUCAACUGGGCCCAGAAUGCAUCUCAGCAGGACGAUUCAGAGGAAUCCGCCAAGAAGCAAACGCAGAGGAAGUCCCGUAAAGCCUCCGAGCAUGUAGUCCUGAACCAGUUCCUAGAGAGUCUACCCAAAGUUCCCUCAUACUGCUGCGACACGUCCGUGUCCAAGCUGUUCCUGGAGCCGGUCUUCUCGAACAUGUCCGAGGUGUACAGGCACUACUACAACCACUGCUUGGAGAGGAAGACGACGGCGCUCUCUCGGCAGGUUUUCUGUGCUGUGUUUAAAAAGAUGGACUUGGGACUUUGUGACGCAAAGAGGGAUCAAGGGUGUUCCUUCGGUGCGACGGGGAAUUUGUUUAAUGAGCUUUGGGAGGAAUACUGCUCGGAAAGAGGAGCUCCAGGGCCUCAACCGGAGAAAGCGGGUAACCAGUAG